AUGGUUGUGUUCCUGCAGGGCCAAGCACAGUACAUGGUUGGCAAGAUGGUGGGCAUCUGGUUCCCCAUCUCUUGCUUCGUGGCCAUCGGCUUCGAGCAUAUCCCAGCCAACAUGUUCAUGAUCCCCAUGGGGAUGAUGGCCGGCGCCGACGUGUCCAUGCUAGAUUGCCUCUGGAGGAAUUUCAUCCCGGUGACCCUCGGGAACAUCUUUGCAGGUUCCAUCUGCGUGGCCGGUGGCUACUUUUUCGCCUUCGGCAGGUUAGGCAGCUCGCCGAUGUUCAACAUGCCCACGAAGGAGCAGGGUCCCUGA